AUGGGCGGUGCCGGCGGCCCGUUGGCUCGCCCACCCGGCGCGGUUGCGGCGCGGCAGACACCGAGUCAGUACUGGCUUCGUCAGCGCCAGGAGUCUGUGUUGGCGGAGAUGAUCAGGAUGGCCGUGCCACUGGACGCGCAAGGCAAUAUGGUGGCAGAGCCGUACUCGACCGCCGCCGUCGCCUCUGCUGAGCCGGUCAUCACAACGUGGCGUCUUCUCAUCUUCGACGACUGGGGCCGCGACAUCAUUGCGCCGCUCCUAAAGGUCGGCCAACUGCGCGAACUUGGCGUCACCCUGUACCUGCACAUCGCCACGGAGCGUGACCCGGUGCCGGGGGCCCCGGCCAUCUACUUUUGCGCGCCGACAGAGGAGAACAUUACCCAGAUCGCGAAGGACUGCGCGCAGAGCCUGUAUGAGUGGGUCUACCUCAACUUCACGACGCAGAUCCCGCGACCGCAGCUGGAGUUGCUGGCGCAGCAGCUCAGUGCCUCGCCACUAGAGUCGAUUCGGCACAUCCACGUGUACGACCGCACGCUGAGCUACGUGGCCUUGGAGAACGACCUCUUCUCCCUCAUGCUGAACAACUCCUUCCCGCUGCUUAACAAGACGAACGCCAAGGACGAAGAAAUCGAGGGACACCUCAAUCAGGUCGUUCUGGGCAUCUCACACGUGUGUCUGUCAUUGCAGGUGUUGCCCAUCCUGGUGCACUCCCGCUCUGGCGCCGCGGCGGAGGUCGCUCGACGGCUGUCCGUGCGCCUGAACGACGCGCUGAACGACCGGCAGCUGACACCGGCACCCUCCUCGGUGCUGGGGCGGCCGCUGCUGCUUCUCGUCGAUCGCUCCAGCGACCUCGCAACGGCGCUGCACCACCCCUUCACGUACCGCGGCCUCCUCGUCGAGAUAGGCGGCAUGAAGCUGAACAAGUGCACCAUCACCACUCCAGACGGGAAGGACGAGUUACUCGAGGUGGAUCCUGACAAGGACGAGGUCUACCGCGAGAACGCUAACCUUGAGUUCGGCACUGUCGGCGGCAACAUCGAAGCUGCGCUGCGCCGCUACAAGGAGGAGUACGCCGCGCUGGCCCAAGAGACACCCGGCGGUGCCGGUAGCAUGAUGGGCGACGGCGGCGACGGAAACGACAUGUCGAAGCUGCUGGCGAACGCGCCGGCACUGGCGGAGCGGAAACGCUGCCUCGACGCCCACACGAAGCUUGCCUUCAGUAUCCUCAGCAAGAUUCGCUCGAGGCACCUGGACCACUACCACGGUGUGGAGCUUGCCGUACUCCAACAGGAGGGACUCGACGAGCAGGAGUUUCACAACCUGCUGGCCAACAGCCUCGGCACCACAGAGGACAGACAGCGGUUGUACCUCAUCGCAUACCUGAUGUGCGCCAACGAAGAGGAGGCACGCUACGUGCAGAGUCACGAGGGCGCCGUCAGCGAGGGGGCCGCGGGCUUCCCGGCUCUUGCGUACCUGAAGCACCUGCGGAACUGGUCCCUGACUGUGCAGAGCCCCAGCGCGGCGCAGCCGAACCCCAGCCAGGGCUUUGGCUGGGGGUUUGCGCAGCAGAUCGCCAAGAACAUUGCGAGCUCGCUGGGGAGCAAGACAGAGACGAUGCUUCCGCUCACGAAGCUGGUAGACGCACUCAUGCAGGACGGACCUGGCGCGCCGCCAGGUUCGGCGAGCAGCGGUGGUGCAAGCGGUGUUGGCGGCUCGUACAGCAGCCCAACGAGCGCACUUCCCGGUGGCAGCAGCGGCGCAUCCGGUGGCCUGCGCGCCAAACUGCUUGAAACCGUCGAUGCGUACGACCCCCGCACGAGGAAGCCGGUGGACCUGCGCGAGGCGGUCUUCUCGCAAGCGAUCGUGUUUGCCCUCGGCGGUGGCAGCGUGGCGGAGUACGACAACUUGAAGGCAUGGGAGGCGAGAAAGCCGCGCAAGUCCGUGAUGUAUGGCUGUACAUCGGUGGUCUCUGGCGAGGACAUGCUCCGGCAACUAAGCAUCUUGGGUGCAUCGCAGAACCCGUGA